CCCCACCACACUUAACAAUCCAUCCAACCUUGUACUAACUAGUCAUCAUUUUUAAAUACACCACUCCAUCACUCUUUCUCUCUAUAGUGAGUGUACCACUUUCCACUUCUCUUCACUCUCCAUUUCUAAAACCAUGGCAAUAAUCACUAUGCUAUUUCUUCAUCUAAGUUUUUUCAUCUUGAAAGUGUUUUCUUUCCCUUCUCAUUCUCAUGCAGAUAGAAUUGUUAACCUUCCUGGACAACCAAACAUAAACAACAUAGCCUUUCAACAAUUCUCAGGAUAUGUCACAGUUGAUAACAAAAAACACAAAUCACUCUUUUACUAUUUUGCUGAAUCAGAAACUGAUCCAUCUUCAAAACCUCUUGUUCUUUGGCUCAAUGGAGGACCUGGUUGUUCUUCUCUAGGAGUAGGUGCAUUCUCAGAAAAUGGACCCUUUAGACCAAAUGGUGAAUUUCUUAUAAAAAAUGAGCAUAGUUGGAAUAAAGAGGCAAAUAUGCUUUAUUUAGAGACACCAAUUGGAGUUGGAUUUUCCUAUGCCAAAGGUAGUUCUGCUUAUACAACAACAGUGAAUGACGAGGAAACAGCAAGGGACAAUCUUGUAUUCUUGCAACGUUGGUUCAACAAGUUUCCACAAUAUAGAAACAGAGAUUUGUUUCUAACUGGUGAAAGUUAUGCAGGUCAUUAUAUUCCUCAACUUGCAAAGCUUAUGAUUGAAAUGAACAAAAGAAACAAGAUAUUCAAUCUUAAAGGCAUAGCUUUGGGGAAUCCAGUGCUAGAAUAUGCCACUGAUUUCAAUUCAAGGGCUGAGUUUUUUUGGUCACAUGGACUAAUAUCAGAUGCAACUUAUAACAUGUUCACUACAGUGUGUAAUUACUCACGCUAUGUAAGUGAGUACAAUAGAGACUCAGUUUCAUCACUUUGUUCAAAGGUUAUGGGGUUGGUGACUAAAGAAACUAGUAGAUUUGUGGAUAAAUAUGAUGUCACUCUUGAUGUUUGUAUUUCCUCUGUGCUGUCACAAUCCAAGAUUAUUUCUCCUCAACCUCAACAAGCAAAUGAGAUGAUAGAUGUGUGUGUGGAUGACAAGGUUACAAACUACUUAAACAGAAGAGAUGUGCAAGAGGCACUUCACGCAAAGCUUGUUGGCGUUCGGAAGUGGGAUGUCUGCAGCAAUGUUCUGGACUAUGAUGUGCUUAACUUGGAAGUGCCAACACUUCCUGUAGUUGGAUCAUUGAUAAAAGCUGGAGUUAGGGUCCUAAUUUACAGUGGUGAUCAAGAUUCAGUGAUUCCACUGACUGGAAGCAGAACCUUAGUUCAAAAAUUGGGUAGACAAUUAGGACUGAAUACAACAGUACCUUACAGAGUAUGGUUUGAAGGCCAGCAGGUUGGUGGAUGGACUCAAGUUUAUGGCAAUAUUCUCUCAUUUGCCACUGUCAGAGGUGCUGCACAUGAAGCUCCUUUCUCACAGCCUGAAAGAUCACUUGUGCUAUUCAAAUCAUUCUUGGAAGGAAGCCCUUUACCUGAAGUUUUCUGACACACCAUUUUCCCUUUGUGUGUUUCCUAUUUAAUUGAGAUUGUAUUGUAAUUUGUAAAUAAGCAUUAUCCUUUAAUACCAAAUGUAUUAAAUUAAAUUAAAUGUGCAGAAUGUCAAAAGAAAAGUUGCACAAAUUUUUACUA